GAAAAAGAAGAAGAAAAAGAAGCGACAACAACUAGCGGAAAGGAGAUGAGGAAGCGCAGUGUUAGUGUGUACGGAGCAGAAACAUUUGUUUGAGAAUAUGAAACUGUAACUAAAGCCUCUGAGUGAAGACAUCUGAUGGAUGAUACGAAGCAGCUGCAAGGAAGACGGAAUUCCUUAUAGAUCCCUAACCUUCACCACACCAUGUCUAAUGAGGAGAGGCCAGACGUCCAUCUUGAGGAGGAGGAUGGCAUGUCGCCCCUGCUGGCCCGCCACCGGCCACGUGACUCCUACUGCCUUGUCUAUAUUAUAUUUUUUUUACUAGGCAUUGGCUCACUGCUGCCAUGGAACUUCUUUAUUACAGCCAAGCACUACUGGCUCUAUAAAUUAAACAGCACGUCCAGCCUGGCCAGCCACCAAGACUGCCAGUCCCACAGUGAUCUUAGUGAUUACUUUGAGAGCUACCUUGCCAUUGCAUCUACUGUUCCAUCAGUGUUGUGCCUAAUCAUCAACUACCUCUUAGUCAACAGGCUGUCCUCUAACAUUCGGAUCCUUUUGUCUCUGGCUGUGAUCCUGCUGGUGUUCAUAGUCACCACGGUGCUGGUGAAGACGGAUGUAUCUGGCAGUAAAGAGAAGUUCCUAGCUGGUACAUUGAUCAGUGUUGCGCUGGUCAGUGGAGCCUCCAACAUUUUCAGUGGCAGCAUGUUCGGCAUCAGCGCUCAUUUCCCCAUGAGGAUAUCACAAGCUCUCAUAUCAGGUCAAGCCAUGGGUGGCACUUUGAGUGCAGUAGCAUCCAUAGUGGAUCUGGCUGCAGCGAGUGACGUGACCAACAGUGCAUUGGCUUACUUUCUUACCGCUGACAUCUUCAUUCUGUUCUGCAUCAUUGUGUACCUACUGCUACCCAAGCUGGCCUACUCAAGGUACUACAUGGAGGCUUCUUGCAUUGGCAGUGCCCCCACCUCUGAAAGCUCUCUGUCUACUCCAGAAUCCACCAGCAGUCCAACUAUCAUGUCUGUGCCUCCCCUCAAACCCAUCAUGGGAAAGAUGUGGAAAUUGAGUGUAUAUGUCUUCUGGGUCUUUUUUAUCUCCAUCAUCAUCUUCCCAGCCAUCUCCUCAGGCAUCCAGUCGGUGAAUAAAGACUCGGGCAGCCCAUGGACUGGCACCUAUUUUGUGCCACUUACCAGCUUCCUCCUGUACAACGUGGCAGACUUCUGUGGUAGACAGAUGACUAUAUGGCUGCAGGUUCCUGGCCCAACCAGCCCUGUGUUACCUUUGCUUGUAGUUUGCAGGACUGCAUUAGUGCCACUUUUUAUGUUCUGUAACUACCAGCCUCGGUGUCACCUGCAAAAAGUUUUUUUUCCCCAUGAUAUCUUCCCUGUGCUGUUUAUUUGUCUGCUGGGGCUCUCCAAUGGAUAUUUAGGUACCCUGACCAUGAUAUAUGGGCCCAAGGUGGUGCCCCGUGACCUGGCAGAACCAGCUGGUGUAAUCAUGUCAUUCUUCUUGACAGCAGGGCUGGCAGCAGGCUCUGCCUUCUCUGUUUUACUUGUUUACAUCCUUUGACAACUUUAAACAAUUUUCCUAAAAUUGUCUAAAUGUAUUAACUACAAAUUGAUUCCUUUUAAUGAGGGAAAUUUUUAACCGCAAUUUUUUUUUCAAGAUAUAUGGAAUGUCUAAGACAUUUUGUUUUCUAUUGAGUAAUUAAAUUUUAAUUGUGUUUUUACUUUAAGACUAGUUUUAUACUUAAUGCAUUACUAUGUGUACAGGUACAGAUGCAGCUUUACAAAUUUCACCAUUUCUUGCAUCAAAACUGUGAUUGAAGAAUUUGAAUAACUUUUUCAUAAUUUGUACAAAGUUUUGUGGGAGGGGGGGCAGGAGUGGCUAUUGUGCAAGUUGCAUUUGGCUGACAGGGUUAAAAAUAAUGAGGGUUUAUUUUAUAUUUUUUACAGUUGCGAAUAAUCGCUCCAACAGUUGUCUCCUUCUCACCAAGCCUCUUGCUGAUGGUCUGUAAUGUCCAUUCACAGCUCUUUGGUCUUGCCCAUGGUGGUGAGGUUUGAAUGAAAGGUUGGCUGAUUGAAUGGGAGAUUUUUUGGACAGGUGGCUUUUAUAUACAUAAGGGAGUUGUUGUUAGGUGCACUUUCUUUAAUUAAUCUGUGUACCUUAUGAGCACAUCACCAGUCUAUUAGGAUGAUUAUUUUCAUCUAUUUAUUUUCCAAACUUUUUUUCAUCAAGUACAGCUUGCCAGCUAAAUUUCAGGACAUUUACAGAUUAAAUAGCGUGAAUGGUGCUUAUGUUUAGGAAACUAAAUCUAUUUGCAAUUAAGAAAAAAUAUAUAUAUAUAACUACAUUAUUUGUGCUGGAACCACAUGCCAGCAAAAAGUCCCUGCUGCAACAAAUGGGCCAUUAAAUUCAAUAGACAUUUAACAAAAACAAUUUCAAAAGCCCAUGUGUAUCAAUAAGUCUUUAAUGUACAGUAUAUUAGAAUGCACGAUUAAAAAAGAAAAAAAAAAAAACACAGCUUGCAACCUACUUAAGAACCAGAGAGAAACUAAACUUAAGUUCAGAGUAGGUCUAGGUUAACUAAAAAUCAAUUUACUGCAAAAAAAAAAAGCUU